AUGUUUGGUAUCGCAAGUGUACUUGAAGAGCAUGGUUACAAGCUCAUAUCAGAAAUUGGUAGCGGCAAAUUUUCACAUUGCUAUCUCUGCAAAAGCAUCAAAUACGAACUUGAAUUUGUUGCAAAGGUAAUUCCAGGCUGCAGUGAUGACAUACAAAAUGUCUUAGAGAUGGAAGUACAAUCAAAACUCGCCCAUUCUAACAUUGUUAACAUUUAUGAUAAGUUUAUCGAAUUUAAUUAUUGUGUACUCAUCCUUGAAUACUGCAAUAAUGGUAAUCUUUCAAGCUUAUUUAAACUUAGUAAGGAGUCAGAUCCAUUUGUAAUUCAAUGCAUUGCUUGCCAAAUUUUAGAUGUUCUUGCUUUUGCUCAUGACGAAGGUAUGCAACAUUUUGGUCUUAAUCCAAACAACAUUUUUGUCGAUAAGUUCAACAUAGUAAAGAUCUCUGACUUUGGAAUUGAUCAGAUUUUAUCCCUAAAUUCCACAUCUUAUCAACAUAACAGACCCAUUGAGUACUUAGCACCGGAGAUUUUCACAAAUAUCCCUUACAAUCAAGGAAAGAUCAAUUCUUAUGAAUACGAUGCUAACAAGGCCGAUAUUUGGGCUUUUGGUGUGAUUCUAUACCAGCUUGUCAACGAAGGCAAGCUUCCAUUCCCAGGACCUUCAUUUAUCUCUAUGUACUCACAGAUAAUGAGAGGAGAAAUUGAACUUCCAGAAGAUAUCCCACUCGAGAUCAAGACGGUUAUUAUGCAUUCCUUAGACUUAAAUGUUCAGACAAGAUGGUCUGCCAAGCAACUCAGGGAUUAUUUGAGCAGUUCUCCAAAAUCAUCUCCAAGUACUAAGACAGUCCGCUUCUCUAGAUCAAACAGAAGAUCUCUUCCAGGUAAUGGGCUAGUUGCACCUCCAUUCCACAUUCAAGCUGUUUUAAGAAACAAGUACAGGAAGAAUUCUGUUUGA